AACUCACGAAGCAUCUGGCUUCUAGGUGUGUUAUAGAUGUCACCCAAGUAUUGUAUGGAUAUAAAUGGAGCUGGAAAUGUUGCUUGACGCCAAGGCUUGACCCAGGGAUGCCGAACAUCCUAGGUUUACUCAAUUGGGGAUGGAGUGGCGCCAGGCCGUUGGCCACAAAGGCGCAGGCCCCACUCCAAACCGUACAAGAGCAAGCCGAGCGGGAGCGCUGGGCGCUGCCGCCUGAAGGACCACCCAGCCUAGCCUCGGGUGGACCGGUAGCUUCGCCGUCUUCCCAUCAGUACCAAUCGGAACCCGAGCCCGGGCCCGAUCGCAAGUCCUACCGAAACCUCUCUGGUCGUCCGCUUUCCCGUACAGCCCUUAAAGACCAGCUAGGGGCGGAUUACGGUCAUGUUCGCCUGCAGGCCGCUGCUGCCGAGGCUGCAGCAGCUAAGCGAGCGGUGUACAUUCAGGAGGGGGAUGUGGAGCCUGGGAACGACUUCAAACAAACAGUUGCGGAUUUGCUUAAGGAGGAAGAGUACGGGGUAUUGCGGCUGGUCGUACCGCACAUUUCGUUGAGCCGAGAGCAGUUUGACCGCUACGUGCGGUGGCUGAACCAGCAGAAGCAGCAGCAGCGGCGGCGACAGCAGCAGCACGCGGCGGGAGGUACAGCCAAGAAGGCCGACAGCCUCCCCCGCUCCCUGCUGGGCCUGCCCGUGGUGCCGCCCUACCACCCCCUCAGCCUGGCCUGGAUGAGCUUCAUGACCGCGGUGGACCUCACCUGGACCGCAUUCGGGGUGCCGGUCAACGUGGCCUUCUGCUCCAUCAACUACGGACAUCUGAGAUCCGCCUGUACGGCAACCGACCUGGCGUUUGGUGCCGUGUACGCCGCCAACCUGCUCACCUCCUUCCAGCUGGGCCUCAUGGUGGUGAGCGGACACCGCAAGAAGGCGGUGCUGGACGGUCGGCGGUUGGCCCACUACUACGUGAUGUACGGCAGGUUCCCUCUGGACCUGGCGGCUGUCGUACCCUUCGUGUACCUGCUGGUGGUGCUGGGGCUGAGCGGCGGGCAGGGGUACCGGUCCAAGUGGGUGAACGCGCUGUCGCUAAUUCGCCUGGUGCGGCUGCUGCGGCUGGUCAGCGUGUCAAAGGUCAUCUACAUUGACUCCGCAGUGGGGUCGGAGGGCUGGCUGUCCCGCUACCUCAGCCUCUCCCGCCUCCACGUGGCGCUGGUGGCAUUCCAAACCAUCGUGCUGAUCAACCUGGUGGCCUGCAUCCUGGUGCUGCUGGCGUACAUGAGGGGUCUGGAGCACAGCUGGAUGACGGCGGUCAGCUGGACGGACUUGGUGGACGCAUCGCGCGCCUACCAGUGGUACUGCGCCAUGUACUGGGUCAUCACCAGCGCCACCACCACCGGGUAAAUCAGCUUCGUGAUCCGUUUGUUGUUGUUGUUGUUUGCUUACCACGUCACACACGUUUCACCCUACUUGUUUUGCCAUGUCCGAGCGACAUCCCAUGGGGCCUUGGUGACGACGCUCAACACUCAGCGACGAGUAGACUACUCCAUAGUUGGCUCUUUACAGCACACCGGAUG